AUGAGGAUUCUUCGAGGGGCUACCGCUGCCACUGUCAUACACCUCCUUAUAUUUCAAGUUGGCAAUACCACCGCUGCUCUUGGCGGUACCAAUACCGAACUCAAAGCAAAUCUCCUCGACAUUCAUAACCAGCGCCUAGCAGCCAUGGAUGCGAAUAGCAUUGACUUCAUGGUUUUGUCCUGCGCUCAACCGUGCAUCCAAGGUAUUGCCGACCCCGAGGCCGCUGCAGCGAUGUCUGUCACCGUAAACAACCAGCUCGCCGCUUUGAUAUCCAACAACACUGAAAGGUUCGGAGCAUUUGCUUCUCUCGCGAUGCAAAAUGCGACAGCUGCAGCUUUGGAACUCGAACGCACUGUCGAAGAACUCGGCUUCUUGGGUGCGCUGGUAAACGAUUACCAGCAGUCAGGUUCUGACAGUCUAACACCUCUGUAUUAUGACCAGCCAGAGUAUGCCAUUUUCUGGCAGAUGGUUUCUGAUCUCGGUGUUCCUGUAUACUUCCACCCACGAGCCGACAUUGCACCGAUCCUGGAUUUCCAAUACGCUCACGCCCCCUUCCUGAAAGGCCCGGCCCAAGAAUUCGCUGCCACCCUGUCGACUCACAUUCUGGGGCUGUGUGUUAACGGCGUUUUUGAUCGCUUCCCUAAUUUGAAGAUCAUCGUGGGUCAUAUGGGAGAGAGGAUACCUUCUGAUCUCAUCCGCAUAGACACUCAACUUCUCCGCCAGUUGGAACUCGGUAUGCCUAUGAAGCAGAAUGUGACUAUGUACUUCCGCAAGAACAUCUAUGAAACCACAUCCGGCAACUUUGCCACGGACCUCUUGAAGUUCCACAUAGGGGAAAUCGGUCUGGAUCAUAUUAUGUAUUCUAUCGAUUAUCCAUUCGUGAACAUACCCGAUGGCACCAUGUGGAUCGAUUCUCUGAACAAGACACUGAAUGAAGAGGAUUUGAACUCGUUAAAGCGGGGCUUGGCCAUCAAGGUGCUUCGUCUCAACGAUUAA